AUGGCAGCCAUGUCAACACAUGCCAUGACCCAAAUCAGGCGCUACUCCUCACAGCUACCACGCGACCCACACUACCGACUCAAGGCAACACUGGCAACCGGCUAUGUCGUCUCCGCCCUUGCCCUGCCUUUUGUACCCCCGCUUCUGGAGACACGAAGGGCAAAGGCUGACGGCAGUGAUCUGACCAAAAUGCAUAUUGCUCAUCACAGUAUCUUGGACACGCGAGAUGAUCGCCCUACCUACGUUUUGUUUUCCCUUGGAAUCGACUUGGCCCGCGUCGCAGCCCAAAGAGCUGCAUGCAAAGGCCGACUGCCAUGCAUUUCUUCGUGGGCCGCUGAAAUGGGAACGGCAUGGAGCAUUGAGUCCGUCGAGAAGGCAAGGAGUCGUAGAGUAGCACAUGAAGAACAGGUCUAUUGGGGGGCUGAUUGUGAUUAUUAG